AUGGGGAAUGUACUGAGCUGUUGCGUGCACCCUAAGGUGGAUAAGCACCAGGGGCCAGUUUCUCCCCAUGAGUCUGAGAUCUAUGAGGCAGCAGCUGGGGACAGGAUGGCAGGAGCACCAGUGAGUCCCAUUGUAUCUACUGCUGAAGUGACUUUUGAAGCUGGCGAAGACCUCCACAUGCACCACAUCCAUGACCGGGAGAUGCUUGAAGAUAUGGCUUUGGAGUCCAACCCUUCUAACCAUCCAGAAGCAAGGAAAUCUCAAACAGAUGUGCACGAAAAAAGACAAAGCAGCUAUGAAAACCAUGUAUCUACUGAGCAUUUACCUCGAUUAUAUAGUUCAUGCUCCACCAUAUUCAUUGAUGACAGCACAGCCAGCCACCCUCAUCUUAUAAUGACACUAAACUCUGUGGCCUUGGAGAUAUAUUAUCAUAUCAAGCAAAGAGAUGCCGAUAGAACUUUGGGCAUCUUUGAUGAACGGUUACACCCAUUUACCCAAGAACGGCUUCCAGAGGAAUACUUUAAGUAUGAUCCUGGGCACAAAUUGAUUUUCACAUUUCUUCAUACUCUAUUUAAAGCCAAAAGGCUAACAGCUGACUUGGCAAUCAGAAGUUUGGUAUACAUCGAAAGACUUGUAAGUUAUGCUGAUAUCAACAUUUGUCCAACCAACUGGAAAAGGAUUGUCUUUGGAGCCACUCUUCUUGCUGUCAGGGUUGGGCACGAUGUGGCUGUGUGCCAUGAGCACUACUGCAAGCUCUUUGAGAACAUCACAGUUGAAGACAUGAACGAGUUGGAAAGGCACUUCGUGGAGCUAAUUGAUUUUAAUAUCAGUGUUCCUGGCAGCAUUCAUGGCAGAUACUACUUCGAUCUUCGUGCCUUGGCACAUGAGCAUGGCCUGUAUUUGCCAGUUUACCUCCUUCAGAGAGAAAGAGCAUGGAAGCUAGGGGGUUUUUCAAGGAUGGAACAAGACAAAGUCUUCUAUACUACUGACAAAAUUGGGUCUUUCAGUGUUGAUGAUUUAAUUCGUCUUCAGCACGCUAAGGCCAUCCUUUUCUGA